AAGAAACGGCCAGGUUUAUCAGCAGUUGUAGAACCAAGCAGCCAGACUCGUUUGUUUGAGAGAAAAAGAUGAACCCAAAGUCAGACAAGUUAGUGCGGAGAACAACAAUGGUGGCAACACUAACUGCUUCCUACUUCCUUCUUACUGCUGAUUAUGGCCCUGAACCCAAUGUUCUUGAUCCUAUAAAGGCGGCAAUAAAGUCAGCAGAGCAUUCUGUGAAAGAGUUUAUUUUUGGCCCUGAUAAAAGAAUUGAAGGAAGCGAGGCAGCGAAACCAAUACCCAACAAUGCAGAGAAACAUCCAUAGUGGGUCUAAUAAACGAUCUGUGUAGUGGCAGGGAGACGAUCAUCCUAAGUAUUUCACUUUACAAUUUCUGGAUUACAGUUUUUACUGCUGACUGGGCUGAAGGUACUGUUUUGUGGAAUCAAAAGAAUUGUAACUACAGCUGUCAUUAGUUUUUUUUACCAGUGUGUUUACUGUGUUUAUGCUUGUGAUGUUUAUGAAUAUAGGGACCGUUUGGCGUAGAUUAAACAAAUGCUUAUUGCUUAUAAAUGAAAGUUAGUUAUAAGUGAGAAAUAACUUUUAUUUUA